AUGGACAUUAGUUCCAACAAACUGACCUUAAUACCCUCGAGUUUAUGGAACCUUGAAAAUCUGAGGCUCUUGAAUUUAUCAUUCAAUUCAUUAAAUGGAAGCCUAGAUCCACACAAAGCCCUUGAAGUAUUGGAAAGCAUGGAUUUAUCUUGGAAUCAAAUCUCAGGAAACAUACCAAGAAUUAUUGGGUCCUUCCAAAGACUAGCUUCUCUGAACCUAUCAAGGAAUUCAUUCUCAGGACCCAUUCCAAACUCAAUAGGAAAUUUGGUAGCAUUAGAUUUCUUGGAUCUUUCUCUCAACAAUUUGUCUGGACCAAUACCCAAGUCUCUCGACGCACUUUUGUUGGAAAUGCUGUCUCUUUCUUCUCUUUCGUCUUCUUCUUCAUUACUCCUUGAGAGAGACAGAGUAGAGAGAGACAGAACUCAGUCUGCUCGCUGCCAUUUCUCUGCGAUUCCUUUCUCUCACACCUCUCUCUUCUCACAAAUGACUUCGUCCCGUCCCCUUACUCUUUUUCCAAACCUUAAUGAUCGCAUGAGUUCUCUUGGACAGAGUGCCCCUGCUCCUACUUAUCUUAACCUUUCUACACCGACAAUUGAGCAGAUAAUGGCUGCUCAAACUGAGAUUGAAGCUAACCACUACACGUUGAAGUCGUGCAUGGAGACAGUGGCCGCGGUCAUUAACUUGUCUCAUCGGCUGCAAAAUAGGACCUGCAAGGUACAUCGGGUCAACGCCCAACUCUCUGCUCCAGCGUAUGUACAAGGAUGCGCGAGCAGAGAUUUGCGCAUUGUAGGUGGAGAAUAA